AUGGCAAAGGUUUUGCGUCGAUCAUAUGAAGAUCGCCUUAUGGAGUUCGUCUUGAUGAAGCUUUACUUCCCCAGCCCUGAGGGAAGCGGUCCUCCCUCGCCUCCAACGUUCACCAAGCUGGCCACGUUCAAAACAUUCGGAGUGGUCAUGAACGUCUUUCUACUUGAUCCCUCGUUAAGACUCUUGUCCGCCUUCGUCUGGGUGGCUUCGUCCAACACAAUAGCGCUAUUCACCCUGCUAGACUGGGAUGUGCCGGAGUAUGUUUUCAUAGACACAGACAUAGAAUGUUCUGUAUCCUCGAAUUGGUCAUGCAUACUACACAAAGAACAGAUUGUAAUUCACUCCGAGGAGAGCGACCAUGCCAACCAGUACUUCUACCCUCUGUCUCUUUUACGACGAUUCAACAGACCAAUUCAGGAUUCAGAGAACUUUGUACCCUCGAUAUCUACCAAGCUCGAUCCCUCAAUGACGAUGACCGCACCUUUUCUGUUUCCCUCGCCACCUGCCACCCCACAAACCACCUUACCGGGGACUUUUGAAGCUGUCGAGGAUGAGCCUGCAACCGAUAACGCCUCUGACAACCCCCCACCCUCUUUGAAUCCUAAUCCAUUUCCCUUGCCUCCCUGGUAUCCCGAGAGUGCGCACUUUGUGCGACAAUGGUGGCCGACCCUUCCAACAAUCCCAAGGCUCAGCUGCACGGUCGUUCUCCUUUCAGAUCAUGAAGUAAGCCCGGAGCGUGGGCGCUUCGUUCUCGCACAGCAUUACUUUCGGGUACCACUGUUCGAGCUGGACGGGGACGAGCACAUUCGCUAUCAAACGGAGUCGCGCCCCGGCUCUGGCUCUGGCUCCGGAUCCGGAUCUGGUUCUGCAUCUUCUGCGUCUAGUUCGCGCUCUGGCUCCUUCUCUGGUGCGAGUUCCGAGAAUAGCCUGGGGACUCUGACCAUAGCUGGAGGAGGCGACCAUGCGAUGAUGAAAGUGUGGUACGUCAGCGAGCCAUUCGAGGUCGUCUGUGUAGUGGACGGCGUGGAUGAAGAUGGAGAGGGCGGCCAGGUACAGGCCGAGCGACCGCGCCCACUGAUGGCCGUCGACUUCGGACACGCUGUGUGGGUGGAAAAUGGUACUGCGACGACAGGAAAACGGCUUCGCUUCGUUUCAUUUCCCCCAAUCGCCACUGAGCGCGAUGGCCUUUAUGACGCAAACGGGGAGCGAUGGAUCCGGGGACCGCAGACCGAUGUCGGGGGCACCGUCAGGACGCUAGACAUCCCGGAGGAAUUAGAUCUCAAUACGGUCGAGACCAUCAACAUUGACCAAUCUCAGGGUGCAGUUAUCUUAUCGGUGAAAUCAGGUAAAAUAUUCAUCUUGUGCUACGAGUGA